UGCCUGAUCCCAGCCUGCGACUGGCCAUUACCGACCUUGGCUUGUUCUCGACUACUCUUCUGCCUGAUCCCAACCUGCGACUGCUCAUUACCGACCUUGGCUUGUUCUCGACUACGCUUCUGCCUGAUCCCAGCCUGCGACUGGCCAUUACCGACCUUGGCUUGUUCUCGACUACUCUUCUGCCUGAUCCCAACCUGCGACUGCUCAUUAUUGACCCUUGGCUUGUUCUCGACUCUUCUGCCUGAUCCCAACCUGCAACUGCUCAUUACUGACCUUGGCUUGUUCUUGACUACGCUUCUGCCUGAACCCAACCUGCGACUGCUCAUUACUGACCUUGGCUUGUUCUCGACUACGCUUCUGCCUGUUCCCAACCUGCGACUGCUCAUUACCGACCUUGGGUUGUUUACUGAUCACGCUUCCAUUCAAUCCUUACCUUCUUAAUACGCUACCGGACCUCCGCUUGCUCACUUCCUGCAAAAUCUCCACCAUCAGGAGCUCUGGUGAACACUGGUUAGUACUUAGACUCCACACCUCAGGUGAACCCACUCCUCCACCACAGUGCACUUAUCCUGCUGGUUUCGGUCAUCUGGUCUUCAAGCCUGACCCCUGAUUGUGACAUAAGGAUUUAUACACUCUGCAAUGAUGUCAUUAUGCUCUAACCAUACAGCCCAGGUAUUCUCAU